GUUUCAUUUUCGUGCCUCAUUUUGUUUACGCUGAUUUUAACCGUCAAUGAAGAGUCUUUUCUUGGCGAAGUAACAUUAAAUGAAAUAACUUACGGGAGUUGUUUUCAUGAAAUAUCAUCAGAUAAAUAGAACAAAAUAUCUUGAUGCGUAGUAAUUUUAGUGGUAUCUGCGUAUGAAAACUUGAAGACACGCGUUUAUUUCUAACAUUAACCUCCAGGGGACACAGAAACAUUCAGCAUGUCUGCAACUCCAGUGGAGUACACCAUAGGAGGGGUGAAGAUAAACUUUCCAUGCAAAGCGUAUCCCUCUCAGCUGGCCAUGAUGAAUUCUAUCAUUCGUGGGCUUAAUCAUGGGCAGCACUGUCUAUUAGAGAGCCCUACUGGCAGUGGCAAGAGUCUUGCUUUGCUGUGUUCGGCCCUUGCAUGGCAACAGGCACAGUACGGUAAGGAACAGAAUGCUGGCACCAGCUCAGGUGACUGUAAGAAGCCAGAAGUGGCUACUCCAUGUCAGUGUGUGUGCCAUAGCCGAGAUGCACAUGCCACUUCCAGUAAUAUGGCAUGCAAACCUCCGGUGGUUGACCUUACUGGUGUAGGUGCUUCUGCUCAGCCUACAACCCCUCUCACAAAAGGAGGAUGCACCCUUGUUUCAGCAGUAGAAAGCGACCAGCCUAAGAGGUCCACUUUGUCUUCCCGGCUCUCUGAGAAACUUCAAGCCUCUCUUAAUGAUGGAGAACAAGACGAUGAUUUCAAGACUGAGAGGAAGCGCAUUCGUACACCAUCCACAGACCAGAAGAGCAGUAAGCGGAGAUGUUUCGAGCGAGGAGUAAUUUACAUUGAUGAUGAUGAUGAGGAAGACCUGGAGAGACCUGUGCCCGGGGCACAGAGCUGGACCAUGGAAUUGAACUCUGGUGCCAGGGUGGACAGCUGCCAGUCGCUGCAGCAGUAUUGUUCUCCCAUGUCUUGUUCUGUCUGUCCCUGCACCAACCUCAAAGCAGGACAGAAAAUGAUUGAAAAGGCCAAGGACAACGAGAAAGACAAAGAGGGAAGCGGUAGGAAAAAGAUCCCCAAGAUCUUCUUUGGCACACGUACCCAUAAGCAGAUCACGCAGAUCGCACGGGAGCUGAAACGAACGCUUUACUCCAGUGUGCCCAUGACAAUCCUGUCCAGCCGAGACCACACCUGUGUCCAUCCUAAAGUGGUGCCUCAUGCCAACCGCAACGAGCGCUGCAAGGAGCUGCUGGAGGCCAAGAACGGCCUAUCAUGCCGGUACUACCAUAAUGUGCAUAAAAUGCGAGAUCAGAACUCUUUACAGUGGGUGCAUGGGCUACACCAGGCCUGGGACAUUGAGGAGCUGGUGCGUCUCGGUGGUAAGCUGCGGUCCUGUGCUUACUAUGCAGCUCGGGAGCUCAUGCAGGAGGCCUGCAUUGUAUUCUGUCCUUACAACUACCUGCUGGACCCCCUCAUCCGUGAGAGUAUGGAAAUAAAUCUGAAGGAGCAGAUUGUGGUGCUGGACGAGGCUCAUAACAUAGAGGACUGUGCCCGCGAAAGUGCCAGUUUCACCCUGAACCACGCUCAGCUGUUGCUGGCACGAGAUGAGAUUGAUGGAAUGGUUACACACAACAUUCGGCGCGAUCAACAUAGGCCUUUGCUGGCCUUCUGCUGCAGCCUUGCCAACUGGGUGCAGGAGAGCUCCAGUGGCUUGGAGGAUCGUGAGUAUGAGACUUCCUGUAAAGUCUGGACAGGAAAGGAGGUUCUUGUCAUUUUCCAUGGCUUUGGCAUCACAGCAGACACAUUCUCAUUGCUGCAGAAACACCUGGCAGCAGUGCUGGAGAAGGAGGAGCGAACUGGGCUAGUGAACGGGAGAGAAGACGUGGUGCAGAUUCCCACCAUCAGCUCCAACACUCAGUCAAUGCUCAAAAGCCUCUUUAUGGUUCUGGAAUUCCUUUUUAGGCAGAACUGCAGGUUUGCGGAUGAUUACCGUGUGGCCCUCCAGCAGAACUACAUGUGGACCACCCAACAGGAUCUACCCGAUGCUCAGGGCUUUUUUGCACGGCCCCAGCGUCGCCGACAGAGCACCCGUACCAAAACCCCUGUGCACACGCUGAGCUUUUGGUGCCUUAACCCUGCUGUGGCAUUUUCGGAUCUGAGUGAUUCAGUGCGGAGUAUUGUGCUGACCUCAGGCACCCUCUCUCCCAUGGGCUCCUUCUCCUCUGAACUUGGCAUCAAGUUCUCCAUCCAGCUGGAGGCCAGUCACGUCAUCAGCAAGUCACAGGUCUGGGUCGGCACAAUUGGUGUAGGGCCCCAAGGUCGUAAGCUUUGUGCCACAUUCCAACAUGCAGAGACAUUUGCUUUCCAGGAUGAGGUGGGAGCCUUGAUUUUGAAAGUGUGUCAUACAGUCAGCCGUGGAGUUCUCUGUUUCCUGCCAUCCUAUAAGAUGCUGGAUAAACUGAGGGACCGCUGGAUGAACACAGGUCUGUGGGACAAGCUUGAAGAGCGGAAGACUGUGAUCACGGAGCCACGUGGUGGUGGCAAGGGAGACUUUGAUGAGCUGCUACAGACCUACUAUGAGGCCAUCAGUGGAACAGCAGCCAACAGUGGUAACAGAGAUGGAGCACUGCUGGUAGCUGUUUGCAGAGGGAAGGUGAGCGAGGGCUUAGACUUUACAGAUGAUAACGCCAGAGCGGUGGUCACUAUUGGCAUCCCUUUCCCCAAUAUUAAAGAUUUGCAGGUUGAACUGAAGAUGAAAUAUAAUGACCAGCAUGCCAAGUCACGUGGGCUUCUGCCUGGUGGUCGCUGGUACGAGAUUCAAGCUUAUCGGGCAUUAAACCAGGCACUCGGAAGGUGUAUUCGGCAUAGAAAUGAUUGGGGCGCACUGAUCCUGGUAGAUGAUCGGUUUAGGGCGAAUCCAAACAAAUACAUCACAGGCCUGUCAAAGUGGGUGCGUCAGCUAGUAAGGCACCAUGACACCUUCACUGGCGCCAUGCAGUCCCUGGAGUCCUUCUCUCAAGGUCAGCAGAGGGCAGUAGAGACCUUUAAAGACCAACAUUCUCAGGCUGCCCCUCUGUACUCAAGCCCCUCGCUGGUCGGAUCCACUGCUACCUCACCCACUCCUGAGAUAAUCGUCCCCCAGAAGCCAUUUGUCCCUCAGCCUACAAUGCCAAACCUACACACUGAGGUUCAGGCUGCCGUCUCAGCCAACUCUGAGAGCAGAUCUUCUGAAUCAGGUGGCCAAAAGAAUAUACAGCAUCCAUCUGAACCAAUCACAUUACCAAAUAGGGAAUUUAAUAUCCAAAGAACAGCACGACCUAUAGGCCAUCUCUUCACUCCGGUCAGUAGCCAAUUUAAGACCCCAAUAUUUCAAUCUGAGCACUCCGAAAAGACUGUUUUUCAGGAUGUAAUUUCAGUUGACAGCAAACAAAGCAAUGAAGUUGUUCCUGUACUUACUGAGGAACAAAACCACCAAACAAGUGGUGUUCCUGUACUUCCUGUGGAACCAAAGCAUCAAACAAGUGGCAUUGCUGUACUUCCUGUAGAACCAAAGCAACAAACAAGUGGUGCUUCACUUGACCCUCCACCGGAGUUCUCUGAGGAGUUCGCUUCCUCCAAACAGAACACCAGUGGAACUGAGCUUGAAGACACAAAAGUGGAAGAGGAACAGAGUAUCUUCUACAGCCCUGAGCUGUUUGAAGGAGAUGGGGAGGCGAUGGAAGAGACUAGUGUUUUAGAGGUUGAUAAAUCUCCUCUGCAAACAGAGAACAACCAUUCUCCCACUAAUGGCACAGCUGAAGUACCUCCUGAUGAUCUGUUUGGCUCCGUGCAGGACAAAAGGACAUUGUCCGAAGACCUUGUGAGCAGCACUGUCCUAGACCAUGCAAUUUUACAGGGUAAAUCAGAGCAGACAGGUUUAAACUCUAGCACAGACUUUGAGAAUAGGCCUGUCUUACAUAAUGGCGCUAGCAGUAGCCGGUCUCGUAGACUCUCCAGAUCUAGGCAGCAAAGGACCACUACAUCAGGAACAUCAGGUAAAAAUGUUGACAACCUGGUCAGGGAGAAGGUGCCAGUGAAGUCCCAAGCUCAGAGUCAAUACUUGGGGAAUGGAAAAAACAGAUCAAGCCCUCCAAUCUCACUCAAACCAAACCUAAAUCAGACAAUGAUAUGCUGUGUCCUGAGUAAAGCUGAGACAGAGCAGACACACAGAGUUAAGCAGCUGAAAACAGAGGGAGUGGUGGCUUCUGGACUGGUAAAGAGCAGAAGUGUAGUCUUGCUCAAACAAUUCAGCCAUGCCAGAGCAAAGGCUUUGGUAGUGCCAGUGAAUGGGGGCAAACGGAGAGAUGCUUGUAAGCCCCCAGACCAGAGACUCUCAGGGCAUGAUGAAUUUCCUUUGGUCGCAUCUGCAGAGAGGUUAGAAAGGGAGAGAAGGCCUUGUCAAACUGACACUUGUACAACAGCAGAGCCAUUGCCCCCUACACCUGUACUGAAAGACAGUGUAGAAACCCCGCAAACAGUGGCUACCCAGUCAAUCUGACAUUGUGAUUUGUCUUCAUCUUUGUCCUUUUAACCAAGCAUCAGCAUGUGAGUCUACCUUGUUCAUCAUGGAGAGAAAAGGGCGGAGGAGCUAUGUGUAAAUAUGACUGAUGUUUAUACAUGUUUAAACCAGCACUCAUUUGUUACUAUAUUUGUGGUUAUUUCAGGUGAAGAGGAAUCAAGUAUCCUCACACAGUGCUUUUCUGUUUUUACAUGUGUAAUUGUGUACUCUGUAUACACAAAUAUCCACCCGGUGCAUAUACAACGCCAUAUGGGACAAAUUCUUCGAACUGGGUGAAAAUCCGUAUUGAUUGGAAGUCUUCAAGCUGUAAUUAAACCAGAACCAGACAGGAACUUAGACACGACAAGGAACCCACAGACAGAAACUUGAAAAACAAAAUGAAGCCCUUCGUAACUGCAAAAUUAUACAAGUUGUAAUCUACGCAGCAUAAAGCAUGCUGUUAUGUAUUAAAAAAUACUAUAAAACUGGCAGUUUAGUAGUGAUUUUGUCCAAUGACCAGGAUCAAAAGCUUACAAGUACUUAUUGUUCUUUGUUAGUAGGCUGUUAUAAGCUGCACCCCCCCACACAUGAACAUAAGUUUAUUGAUCCUUAGAGUCUGCAGCGAGACAGUAGCAGCUCAGUGCAACUUCUCAUUUUGCCUGGUUUGUCUGACCUCAUCUGACCCCAUCUGUUGAGAACAACAUGUUAUAGCCUAAAAACACUUUUCCUCCCACUGGACAAUUAGAGGAAAACAUAAUUCAUUUUGACUGUGUAGUAAAAAAAAAAAAAAAAAAAAAAGAUUUUGGAAAGAAGCAAUAACAAAAAUAAUUUAUUGAAGCCUAAGUUGUUGUAUGGGUGGAAUAUGUCCUGCAAGCCUGGUGCACCUGCUUUAAACCUGUGAUUCUUGUCACCCUCCAAGCCCACACUUAUCGUGACAAAUCUGCCACCCCUCUGGCCUGACUUCCAUCUGGACGUGUAGCAUGGGACUGACAUGCUCCCCAGAGGUGCCAUCCCAUCAUCCGCGCCAUGACCAUUGCACCAUGUUAAUCAUAUCUCUCAUUGGUGUGUAAUGGAGGUUUUAUCUGCUGUCCAGCACUGUAAUCCCUGCUGUUCUGGUGCGCUGCUGGCCCAUUUUCCUCAGCCUGGCCUUUUGUCUUUGCCUCAGAGCAGAGAUCUCAAAGGUGUUAGCCAUAGCCGUUACCUCUCAGUGCUGUUCAAACUUUAAUUCAUAAUGGGCCAGGACGUUGUGGGAACAUUAAAUAAUUGGCCAUUAUUCACAGUCUGUAGGGAGCUUGGCGCGCACAGCAUAGUUUGCUAGUUUUUAAUGUGGCGAAAUAAGGUUGACAGACUCUGACCCCAUUAAGGAGGUUAACGUUAUAUUUGUAAUUAAACUGGAUCAUUUUGUCUCGUGAGAGGAAAUUAUCACGCUUCACAGAGUAUAAAAUGUGAUCAUUCAGAGCAAAGGUUUUCACAUCACUGCUUUUUGGAUGAAACAAAAGAAAAUGUUGGUUCAUUUAUUGUCCGAAUGUUUGAACUGUUUUAAUAUUGUUUAUUUUAAUAAGUUCUGUUUAAAAUUUGUAUAACUUUUUUUUUAUGGGACUUCAGUAAUUUGUGAAAAAAAAGAUUCAUAUGUUUUGUGUAUUGGUAUAGCUGUUAGUUCACUGACAUUUUGUACUUUUUAAGAUUUAUUUUUUUCUAUAAUCACCUAUCCUUGAUUUGCAUCUUGAUUUGUUCCACUGUAUGAGCAAUGGACUUGGAUAUGAAACAGUUAACUCAAUGCACAUGGCAUGAACUCAUACACUAGGUUUACCACUAUAUCUCAGGCCAUGUGUUCCCAAGGUCUCACAUCACACAGCAAAAGAAGCUGUUAGCCAGAAGCUGUGAUAACAUUGUUAGGGACAGUGGGUGGGGUGUUGUUGUAACCUAGUUACUGAAUGUUUGUUGCUGUGGCAACAGUCUGCACCAGUCUCUAUAAAUCCUAGUUUCUUUUUUAUACAGGGGGAUGCAGCUAGGCAGGUGAGGAGUAAUCUAUAAUGUAAUGGAUAGCUAAUCCCCAUUUUUGUUAAUCUGUCUGUAAUGUUACCAUCUUGUCCUGGCUUGGAUGCCAGUUUUUACAGCUCAAAAUCAGAAUAAAAAGUCUUAUGGGCUGAAGAGUCUCUGUUAGAGGUUUAGACCUAUAAUCUCUGGCCAUAAUUGGCUUAUGAGCAGACAAAAGUAUUAAGGAACUCAUGAAGAAAAAGUCUAACAUAUUUCACGUCUUUGAUAAUUACAGGCAAAAUGUUUAUAAUUAUUUUAAAAGGUUGGUUUUGCAAAAGUUUGGGCAUAAGCAUAGUCAUAUAGAAACUCAUGAACAGAAUUUAGUAAAUUUUAGGAUGUUUCAGUUUAGGAAUUUGGUAUUUGUUUUUUCCUACUGUUAAUUUUAGAGUCUGGGGCUCUGAAGAAACUGUUGUCCAGUUCUGAUCAUCUUAGUUCCUAAACAUCUCCACCUCAAUCUGUCUGCAAGCACAGCUGUCAAAUCUUGGCUUGGACUAUAGUUUUGGAGCCCCUUGAACAAUAAACCCGGAUUUCUUUUAGAGGUUUAUUUAGAAUUAGACACUUAAUCAGACUUAACAACUUGAUAAAUAGACUGAUCUGGGUAUAGACAUUCUUUGUUAUGGUUCAUCCUCUGUUGUUUACUCAGAGCCUUUAAUAUGUUUUUUGUCCAUAAUCUCUGUUAAAUCAUCGAGGCCACUUGUCAGUUAGGUGAUGGGGUUUAACCUGGUGUGUUAGCCAACAUAUCAGUUGUAGUUCCCCUAUUUUGUCUUCAUCCUAGGACUUUGUGCAAGUGCUGUAUAACAAAUGUGAAAUAUUUUGUAUUGAGAAGAGUGUUUUGAUCAGACCUUGACUGAUGAUUAUUUUAUUUUUAUAUUUUAUUCUUUAUUAUAUUGUGGUGUUGAUAGAAGUGGUAGAUGAUAUUGAUAUUUUAAGCAAAACUUCUUAGUUUUUGUACAAUGUUUGAAAAUUAAAAUCCAACACUUUGUUUUUCGUCAAGUAAAGAGUGGUUGCAUAAGUGCAUCCUAAGGUUUACCCAUGUGGCCCUUUCAUUUAGUUUAAAGUGCUGUAGUGGCCAUUAGUUUUAUCAAGAACUUAAGCCUGGUUUGGUAACUCUAUUGCCAUUUCCAUUUGGUAAAAAAUUGAUUUCUUAAUUAUAGGAGAGUAAUCAUGUGUUUGUUGUUAAUUAAUACAGUUAAAAAUUGCUUUUGACACACACAACUUAACAUUUAGUUGAUCAAUAGAAUUGACUUUUUAAUAGAGAGGCUGAUGGACCUUAUAUUGAGCUAAACAGCUUUCCUCUGUCUUUGGGGGCUUUUAUCUGUCUAAGGGGUGGCAAAGGUACUUUUUAAGGAAAAAAGCUGUCACUUGGGUGGUACUCUUGUUUUGGGUUCAUAUUUGUACCCUUAAGGACACAAAAAGGUACUUUUUUUUUCCUCAGAGGAACAAAAUAUAUAAAUGUACCUUUAAAGAUACACAAUAUGUUCAUGGGGUACAAUUAUGUACCUA